CUUAUUCUCAACCACCUCAUACUGCACCUCCUACUCUCAUCAGCUCUUGGCUUCUUCCUCUUUCUCUCUCUUCUCUCUACACACACUGUCACUACUAUCACGCUCUCUCUCUCUCUCUCUCUCCCUGCACGGUCACGACUUUCACGCAUCUAAAUUCACAUGCUCAGUUCCAUGUCCAUUUCACUUUAGCUACCAUAUUUCACUCUAUCCACAUCCACUCGCCUACCGACACGUACCCUCCCCAUCUCUCUCUCUCUAUCUUUUUAUAUAUAUAUAUAUAUAUAUAUAUAUAUAUAUAUAUAUAUAUCGCCCUUUCUCUGUCUAAAACAAUGAUGAGUUUACAAAGUUGGCCGGAACCAAUUGUCCGAGUCCAAUCAUUGUCGGACAGUGGCAUAAAUGCGAUUCCCGAGCGAUACAUCAAAGGAGCCUCUGAUAGGCCAUCCUUACACCACACUUUCUCGACUGAAGUUAACAUCCCAAUCAUCGAUUUCCAAAACUUGUUCUCCAAUGAAACCUCGAUCCGUGAUGAAACGCUCACUCUCAUGUCCCGCGCGUGCAGGGCGUGGGGUUUUUUCCAGGUGGUCAACCACGGCAUUAGCCACGACCUGAUGAAGGGCGCACGUGAGGCGUGGCGUGAGUUCUUCCACCUCCCCGUCAAGGCCAAGCAAGUGUAUGCCAACUCCCCGGUCACCUAUGAGGGGUACGGUAGCCGUCUCGGUGUCGAGAAGGGGGCCAAGUUGGACUGGAGCGACUACUUUUUUCUGAAUUACCUUCCUGCAUCCGGGAGGGACAAGAAUAAGUGGCCGAUAUCAUGCAGGAAGCUGGUUAAUGAAUAUGGUGAUGAAUUGGGUAAACUGUGUGGAAAGUUGAUGAAGGUUUUUGCAGUAAACCUUGGGUUAGGUGAGGAUUGCCUACAGAAAGCUGUUGGAGGAGAGGAAGCUGCUGCUUCCAUGAGGGUAAAUUUCUACCCAAAGUGUCCACAACCAGACCUCACGCUUGGUCUCUCCUCACACUCCGACCCCGGCGUUAUUACCCUUCUCCUCCCUGAUGAAAAUGUCCGUGGCCUCCAAGUCCGUAGAGGCGAUGCUUGGCUCACUGUUAAGCCUGUUCCCAAUGCUUUCAUUGUCAACAUCGGUGAUCAAAUGCAGGUGCUAACCAAUGCAAUCUACAAGAGCGUGGAGCACAGGGUGAUAGUGAAUUCAAUGAAAGAGCGAGUUUCGAUUGCCUUCUUCUACAAUCCAAAGGGCGACAAAGUCAUUGAACCAGUAAAGGAGCUUGUGACAGAGGACCGGCCUGCAAUGUAUCAGCCGAUGACAUUUAACGAGUACAGAAUGGUCAUUAGGACAAAAGGUCCUUGUGGGAAGUCACAGGUUGAAGCACUUAAAUCCUCGUGAUCAUGAAUGUGUUGCUUAAUGUAUUACAAAAUAAAAAUAUAACAGUGAGAACUGGAUCUUCGUCUUCGUAAUUAAUCUUUGUUUUGCUAAUGAAGUUGUAAUGCCGUUAUUCAUCCUCUAAGAUUGUAAAGACUACCCAGUUUGUGAAAUUUAAAGUACUUCAAUUCUAUUUUCUA